AGCCCCUCGGCCAGCGGCAGAUGAAGGAGCCGCGGCGGUGUGUGCGAGGGGAGGGCGGCGGGGAGCCGGCUCUCCUUGCCGGCCGGGAACGCGGCCGAGCCUCCCCGCUCCGCGCGGGCUCUCGCGGCGCCCGGCCCCGGGCGGCCCCCGGUGCGCAGCGGGCGGCGGAGGGCGGGGGGCGGCGGCCGGACCCUGCGCGGCCCAGGGGCGCUGGCCCCCGCCCCGGCCGGCAGGGGAGAGCGCCCGCCGGGCACGGCUCCGCCCCGCCCGGGGCACAGCGGGCGUGUGGCCGCCGCCCCUCACGGCCCCGCCGCUUCCCCCGUCGCCGUCCGGGGCUGCGGAUCCUCGCUCCGGCCCGGCCCUGCCCUGCCCGCGGCGGGCUCCCAACUUUCCUCGGCGUGGCACGAAAUGUGCCGGGGCGCCGCCGAGCCUCUUUGACGUCUUGAUCCUCUCCGAGAACUUAACAGGAUCGCAAAGCCCUUGGAGCGGCUUUUCCCGGUGAGCCGGGCUUAGGCGCUGGGGCUGGGCCGUAAUCCGCCCGCGCCGCGCGGAGGGGCGGCUCGGCGGGCCCUGCCCUCCCCGGCGGGCCCUGCCCUGCCCCGCCGCCCCCGCCGGGCCGCGGGGCUGCGCUGCCGCCGCUCCCGGCGCCGGCGGAGCGCGUCCGGGCCGGCCGAGGGCAGCGCUGCCCGCAGUGCCGGGACCCGCACCCAGGCAGCCGGACCGACGGACGGACGGACGGAGCGGCAGAGUUCGGAUGCUGCGGAGGAGAGCGUGGCAGCUGUCAUUUAGAUGUUGAUAUGUAAAGCAAAAUGGCAAAAAUCAACACCCAGCACUCCUACCCUGGUAUGCACAGCCUGUCUGUCAGAACUGCUGAUGAAGAGAUCGAAAGGAUUGAAAAUGGCUAUGUCAGAACCCAUUCACUGCUCGAGGAUGCAUCUUCAGAAUUGCAGGGAGUCAUUUCUGUGGAGGGAGGACACGUGCCUGAAUCCCAGGCCAGCUCCUUCACUGGCAGGGGAGCAAUGGCAAGGCUGUCACGAUUUAUCUUGUCUGUGAGGUCGUGGGCCACAAGACACUCACACCAUGAAGACCAAAGGCCUGAUUCCUUCUUGGAACGUAUCAGAGGGCCGGAGCUCGUAGAGGUGUCCACCAGGCAAAGCAACAUCCGCUCCUUCCUGGGUGCCCGCGAGCGGCCCGGGGGAGCACACAGUCACUGGCCCUUGGCCAGGUUCAAUGUCAACUUUAGCAACAACACCAAUGAAGACAAAAAGGAAGAAAAGAAAGAGGUUAAAGAGGAGAAAAAAGAGGAAAAGAAAGAGGAAAAGAAAGAGGAAAAGAAAGAGGAAAAGAAAGAUGACAAAAAAGAUGACAAAAAAGAUGAUAAAAAAAAGGAAGAGCAGAAAAAGGAGGUCUUUGUGAUAGAUCCUUCAAGCAAUCUGUACUACAACUGGCUGACCGUAAUUGCAGCGCCCGUGUUCUAUAACUGGUGUAUGCUAGUGUGCAGAGCCUGCUUUGAUGAGCUACAAAUGGACCAUGUUAAAAUGUGGCUGUUCUUGGAUUAUCUGUCUGAUAUUAUCUAUGUUAUUGACAUGUUUGUCAGGUUCAGAACAGGCUUUCUUGAACAAGGCUUGCUAGUUAAGGAUGAGAAGAAAUUACGAGAACAUUAUACCAAAACUAUGCAGUUCAAACUGGACGUGCUGUCUCUUGUGCCAACGGACCUGGCAUAUUUUAAGCUUGGUUUGAACUACCCCGAGCUCCGAUUUAACCGCUUGCUGAGGAUCGCUCGGCUCUUUGAGUUUUUUGACCGUACCGAGACCAGGACAAAUUACCCAAACAUGUUCCGUAUUGGCAAUCUUGUAUUAUACAUUCUCAUCAUCAUCCACUGGAAUGCGUGCAUCUACUUUGCGAUCUCGAAGGUGAUCGGGUUUGGAACUGACACCUGGGUGUAUCCCAACGUGUCCGUUCCGGAGUACGCGCGCCUGUCCAGGAAGUACAUCUACAGUCUGUACUGGUCGACGCUCACGCUGACAACCAUCGGAGAAACGCCGCCCCCGGUGAAGGACGAGGAGUAUCUCUUCGUGGUCAUCGACUUCCUGGUGGGCGUGCUCAUCUUUGCUACCAUUGUCGGUAACGUCGGCUCCAUGAUUUCCAACAUGAAUGCUUCCAGGGCAGAGUUCCAGGCCAAAGUGGAUUCCAUUAAACAGUACAUGCAAUUCCGAAAAGUGACCAAGGAUUUGGAAGCCAGGGUUAUUAAGUGGUUUGAUUACCUCUGGACCAACAAGAAAACAGUGGAUGAGAAGGAAGUUCUCAAAAAUCUGCCUGACAAGUUGAAGGCUGAAAUUGCCAUCAAUGUCCAUUUGGACACACUGAGGAAAGUGCGUAUAUUCCAGGAUUGUGAAGCUGGACUUCUCAUUGAGCUGGUGCUGAAACUGAAACCUACGGUCUUCAGUCCUGGUGACUACAUUUGCAAAAAAGGAGAUAUUGGAAGAGAAAUGUACAUUAUUAAAGAGGGAAAAUUGGCCGUGGUGGCAGAUGAUGGCAUAACCCAAUUUGUAGUCCUAAGCGAUGGCAGCUACUUUGGUGAAAUCAGCAUCCUAAACAUCAAAGGCAGCAAAUCUGGCAACAGGAGGACAGCCAACAUUAGAAGUAUUGGUUAUUCUGAUUUGUUCUGCUUGUCUAAGGAUGAUUUAAUGGAAGCCCUCACAGAAUAUCCAGAAGCCAAAAAGGCUCUGGAAGAGAAAGGACGUCAAAUUCUGAUGAAAGACAAUUUAAUAGAUGAGGAGGCAGCAAAAGCAGGAGCUGACCCAAAAGACUUGGAAGAAAAAAUAGGGCGACUUGAAGUAGCUCUGGAUACGCUGCAGACUAGGUUUGCGAGGCUCUUGGCAGAAUACAGCGCAUCUCAACAAAAGGUGAAACAGAGACUUGCCAGAGUAGAAACCCGAGUGAAAAAAUAUGGUAGUGGCAGCUUAUCAGUUGGAGAAGCAGAAGCUGAAAAACCUGAGGAGAAAAAGCAGUAAUGGAGUAUUUAUAUUUCCUCAUUUAUUGGAGAAAGUUGAAGCACUGAAAGCCAUAAAUGUAUGUAAAUAUGUGUGUGCAUACAUAGACCUAAUUAUUUUUCUAUGAACUCAAGAGAAUGAUUUUAAGCAUUUUUAACUGAAGCAGUAUUUUCUUGUAAAUAGAACACUGUCACCUUCUUCUUGGGGAGAGAUUUGGUCUAGCACUUGGUACUUUUUUGUACUGAGAGUGGGUUUCUUACAAGUCAUGCUCAGAAUGUCUCUUGUGUUUGGUACCUGUAGGUCUUGACACAUUGUCUCUUCCUGUGCAUCGUGUGUUAAGAAGGCAUUGUACUUGAAAGUAGAAGGGAUUAAUAUUUUUCCUUUUUGAGAGCUUAAAAAAUAUUUAUAGGGUACCCUGCUCUAACUUGCUACUUUAGUAGCUGAUUAAAUGCAUGGAUAGA